AUGACAUUGUCGCUGGCGUCGUCAUUAGUGUCAACCACAACUCCGUCAGCUCCCUCGACUGGCGAUACAGAGACUGCUGUUACUGAAGUGUCGACUAUGGAACCCACGCUUGACUUAGGUGAAAUCAAAAGAUUCUUAAACCUGGAGGAAUGGGAGGAUGGGGUGAAGAAUACGGAUGUUGAUUGGUUCUUGAGUUCACUGGCCAUUGACUUCAAUACUGCCAAUAACAACAUUAAUAACAAUAGCAGUGUUAAUGUCAGUGGAUCUUCAACCCCCAGUAAUAUAUCAUCCGUUAAACCAACACCCCCUCCCACUAAAUCCGAAGAUAAUUCCCAGAAGAAGCCUUCAUCUGAAUCUUCAUCUUCACCAUUGAAGUCCUCUACUCUAAUGCUGAGAAAGUCGUCAGCUUCUAGUGACUUAGAAGUAAGGACUUCACCUCACAUCUCAACGCCCAUCUCUAAUACCAACCUGAAUAACUUCAACAAGACAAAACCUUCCACCACUCUCUCAGGGGAGUUUUAUCUGCCCGAGACCCCUCAUUCUGGUGGUGCUCUUCCCAAACGGAAAGGGAGUGUUCUGUCUGUGGCUUCCAACGGUUCCAUCAACUCACAAGCUUCAUCUUCUUCAUCUUUAGGUGGAUCAGGAGGUGGCGGAUUCUUUUCAAAAUUGAAGGGGAAACUCAUGAAAUCUCAGGAGGAUGUCCAUUCAUCAACGGCCGCUUUGAAUACCAUCUCCAAUUCAAAAUCUCGAACCUACAGCGAACUAGGAAGAACUCGCUCUCAUUCAACGUCAUCCAGUAACAAUAAUACUACUAACAUUAAUAAUACUCAUAAUACAGAGAAGGCUAACACUAUACAUGAAUCUGGUCCAUUUCCAACAUCACCUAAUACGAAUUCCAAUCCUUCUUUGUUCAAGUCAAAUUAUUCAGUUAAUACUGCAAAUUCCAGAAGAAGCACUAAUAAUGAUGAUAAUGACAACGGCACCGUCCCUCUCACCAGAUCAAGAACCACAGGUGGACUCAAAUGCUCUGGUGGUACUGCAAAUGACGGCAAAUGUAUGUAUUAUUCCGAGACCAAUGAAAAGUUGCAUGAUAUUAGUGAGUACAACUCGAGCCACAGACUCACACGAUCCAAAUCAUUUUCUAGUGCUUCAGGUGUGGAGAUUACUGACCCCAGAUUAAUCGAAUAUAUCAAGUUCUUCCAGAUCCCUUGUCAGAGACUUCGUAAAUCUUCGAUGAAGAAAGGUUCCAUUCAAAGAGCUCGUGCAAGUAUUUCUGGACUGCUGACAGGUCAAUCUUCAUUAACAAGCUCCUCACCUCCUGAAGGGUCCAAAUUUUCAUUCCUUCGUCGGAAAUCAGUAGCUAGUACAGAAACAUCUCCACCUAUGUCAGAGGCAACCUCUAUGGAUGAUACUAAGGAGGAAUCUCCAGACUUGGUGACCGAAGCUUCCAAUGUUUUACCUGAGUUCAAGGGUAUACGUCCACUUAAAAGAGUUGCCUUCCAUCUGACCACCUUCUUAAUUGAUCCUCCUCAACAAAUUCCUUCCCGUACUCCUAGAAAGGGUAACGUGGACAUUUUACCAAAUGGUACAGUAAAAAUCAACCCCCUUACUGAUUCUGAUAGAAUUGCAAUUGAAAAGCUGUUGAUGGGCCAAGGUGGUGGUAUUGUUAUUGGAGGUAGCGGAGCUUUAGGUUACUUGAAGAAGGACGAUAAUGAUGAAAGCUCUACCGAUAGUUCAAACAAGACAGCUUCUGUUGAUCCCUCCGAUGAAGCUAUAGACAAAAGGGCAAAGUCAUUAGCAAUUGAAAAGCCAAUACCUACCAAAGCCUAUUCUUAUAGAGCACCUGUGAAGAAAAUGGCUUUAGACUUGAUGUAUACAAGGUGUUGCCAUUUACGUGAGAUUUUACCAAUUCCAGGUAUUCUUAAACAAAUUCCAAAGGGUUCAAUGGCUCCUUUACCUCUUUUACAAUUACGGAAUCCAACGCCUACAAUGGUUGAAAUCCAGACAUUUGCGGAUUUUAUCCGUAUAGCACCAAUUGUUUGUGUUUCAUUAGAUGGUGUUAGUUUAUCAAUUGAACAAUUCAAAAUCUUGUUAUCUGCAAUGGCAUCAAAGACUCAAUUAGAGAAGUUGUCACUUCGGAAUACCCCUAUUGAUCAGAAUGGUUGGCUGCUUCUCUGUUGGUUUCUUAGCAGGAAUAGAGUAUUAAAUAGAUUAGACAUUACUCAAUGUCCAGUGCUUGCCGUUAAUGUUAUCAAGAAGAAGAAAAAGAAAAAUCUAGCACUGGGGAAGGAAGUUGAUGAGUUAGUUAGAAUGACAUGCAACCGUGAAAAUAGGUCCGAUAUGGAUUGGUCUCUUUUCACGGCCACUAUUGUGGCCAGAGGAGGUAUUAAUGAAUUAAUAUUGACUGGAUGUUGCAUUACUGAUCAAGAGUUAUUUGAAAACUUGGUUAAGUUUGGUGUUGCAAUCAAGACGGAUAGACUUGGAUUGGCAUAUAAUAAUUUGACUCCCAGACAAUUGAAAGUUGUGGUUACCGAAUGGUUGAUGAAACCAUUUUGUUCAGGAAUUGACUUGGGAUACAAUGAUUUAUCCUCAAUGGCUCAUUUAAAGGUGUUAACUGAUUUGUUGCGUAAUAGCCCUGACAUUACUAAAUCAUUAUAUGAAUCCAAAAUUCUGUUCAUCAGUUUGAAUUGUACCAAUUUACGGUUCAACGAUGAGUUCAAAUUUAUUUUUGAGGAGUUAUUGAUGAAAUUAGAAUCCUUAAAAUAUCUCGAUUUAUCAAAUAAUGCCAAAUUGUUCGCUACUGGCACCAAGGAUGAAGAAGCCAUUUGCCAAUUCUUUACUGAUAGAUUACCUUUAUUUCCCAAGUUGAAACGGUUGCAUUUGGAGAACCUUAAUUUUUCUCAGGAUUCAUUAUUGAGUUUAUCCAAUAUCAUCCCAUUCUGCACCAAUUUGGGCUAUUUAUCACUUUUAGGAAACAAGAUUGAUUUGGGUACUGCCACAGCACUAAUUCAAGCCUUAAAAAAUUCUCAGAGUUUAGUGACAUUGGACUUGGAUUAUGAAGAUUAUCCACAUAUCUUCAAAGAAAGAAUUGGGUUAUAUACCAUGAGAAAUAUGGAAAGAUUAUUAAGGAAUACCCAUAAGUCGUCACCUGUUGGUGGUGAUCAGAUUACGGAAAGUGAUACACUUACAGCCCAAUUGACGCAUUUGUUGAGCCUUAAAGCCGAGAACAAGUUGGAUUUGAAAUCACCUGAGGUCACAGCUUUUGUAAAAAAGUGUAAUUCUGUGAGAGCCAAUUUGACUGAGUCGAUCAAUGCCUUGCUACAGAUUCAAUUGAAUAAUGAACUUAAUUUGGAAGGUAAAGAAACUUUGGUGAGGUUUUUAUUUAUAAAUUCCACCAUUGCUAAGGGGAUGUCAUUAAUUGAUUUAAGUUUAGUUGAAAAGGAGCCCCAAAAGUUUGAUAUAGAGUUAUUCGAAGAUGAACGGAAGAAGAACAUUAAAGAGGAACAAGAGAAGUUUGAGAAUGAAAUCUCUGCCAAUUUAUUAGUCCCUAGACCGCAACCAACCAUCAUUGAAGAUGAAGCGACAACUUUAAAGAAGAAUAGUUCCAGAACCAAUUUAAAGGAUUUGAAUCGUGAAGAAGGGUCAAUAAUGAAGCUUAGUAAGUUUAAGAAUCAAGAGAUGCUUGAUUCAAUGCAAGAUGUCUCUGGAGAAGAACUUAGACGGACACUUUAUGACAUCAACAUUACAGACUUAGACACCAUUGUGAAAAACCUAAAGAUGAUGAAAGAUAAGGGUAUAUCACUUCAAUCAGUUUUUCCCAAAGGAGACGGUGACUUGCUAGACCUUGAUCAGAUCCGAAUCAGACUAGGACAAUUGGCUCAAGACAGUUGUACUAAUCUUGACCACAGUGAGUUGGAUAAAUUGCAUCCAGAUGUCAGAGGGUCAGGUACAAUGCAUGGAGAGAACGGAGUUUCUGCUGAUGGCACUGAGACUCAAAAGCCCGAGCUGUACACCGACCAUGAUUCUGAUGCUGAUGCCAUUCGAUUAUCACUUCGAAGAAUGCUUGAGAAGUCACUGAAGGCUCAUGGCAAUCUGGAUGGUAAAAUCAUCAGCGAAGCGUACGAUUCUUUGCUUAAGACAUUUGCAAAGUUUCCUAAGGGCCUUUGUCUUCUUCCAAGUAAGAACGAAGAACAGACAAAAGAGGACAAACAAUACUAA